AAAGGGUGUCAAGUUUAUUCAAUCAAAACAAAAGUGUUUUCAUCAGUUUGGGUGGAAUUCGGUGUUUUUUUUUAUCUUUUUAAUCGCAUUCCCAUCGUGAUUAGCAUAACUAGUAGGAAUAAAAAUGCACGAAGCCUACAUUUUAUAUCCUCCGGAGAAGAUUCACGUUCAAAUCGAAUCUAUGACGGGGUUUGAUAACAAACUGAUCCUCGGAACGCGACAGGGACACCUGCUAAUGUACUCAUUCGAACCAAACCCGGACACGAACAAGCUAGACCUGCAGCUGAUGCAGUAUGAUAAGAAUUUUAGCAAAAAGCCAGUAACCCAGAUAGAAGCUAUUCCAGAGUACAAGCUGAUUUUCAGCUUAUCCGAUGGUAUCGUCAGCGUAAACGAUUACAGCCGUCACGGUUUCCCGCUGAUUCAUGCUGCUCAAAAGACUAAAGGUGCUACGGAAUUUGCGCUGGACAUCAAGAAAUCCAAAUCGUUGACCGGAGAGCUAGCCUUAGUCUGCCGACUGUGUGUAGCGGUAAAGAGAAAGCUACAGUGCUAUUACUGGAAGCAGAAUGAACUACUCGAGUUCGGCAACGAUAUCGAUCUGAACGAUGUUCCGAAAACGAUUGCGUGGAAUGAAAACUGCAUCUGCGUCGGGUUCAAAACUGAAUAUGUGAUAUAUGAUAUUUCAGGGGACCAGCCAAAGAAGAUUGAACUAUUCCCUACUAGUUCAUCGAAAUCUAUUGAACCAUGUAUUUCUUUGAUUGAGGAUGGGGUAUUUGCAGUCGCAAAGGAUGAUGUUCUCGUUACAGUCUAUACCGAAAAGUAUAAAAACGAAGGAAAGAACAGUACUGGCGCCGUUAAGCCGGAUGCUUCUCUGUUGACGACGAAGGACACUCGCAACCUAAAAUCUUUGAUAUGGAGCGAACCCUUCCAAGGGUUGGUCUGGGAUGAACCAUACAUAAUCGGACUAAUAACGGAUGCUGUCGAAAUAAGAGUUUUUGAUAAUGUGGAUAUGUCGGACAAAGGAACACUGAUUCAGACUAUUCCGCAGUUGCCCAAGGCUAGGUUUUUGGUGCGUGGCAAACAAGGUCUGCUAUAUGCCGCAUCUACCUCUCAUUUGUGGUGUAUCCAAGCGGUUGAAAUCUCAAAACAGCGGGAACAUCUUUUGCAGGAGGAAAACUUUCAUUUGGCCCUUCAGUUAACUAAUAUUUCCGACGAAAGUCCGGAGUUCAAAGUGACUAAAAUAAACGAAAUUCAAACUCGUCACGCGUACAAUCUAUUCAUCAACAAAAAAUUUCGUGAAUCGAUGAAAGAAUUCUCCAAACUGAAUACGGAUCCAAUUGAUGUCAUCAGGCUCUUUCCCGAUCUGCUACCGGACAGUGGAAAGAAUAAGCUGGGCUCGUAUUCGAAGAAACCAGCACCGAUACUCGAUGAGAAAGAUAUGGAAAAUGGUAUACUAGCGCUUAUCGACUACCUAACGGAAGUUCGAUACAGCCUGCGACAGGAUUUGAUCAACAAGGCGGAAUCGAAGCUUUCGCUGGGGAAAAACAUAUCCGCGCUGCUUUCCAUCAUCGAUACUACGCUGCUGAAGUGCUAUCUGCAGACCAGCGAUUCGAUGGUAGCUUCCGUUCUGCGUAUGAAUUAUUGCUACUUGGAAGAGUCCGAACGGGUGCUGAAAAAAUACGACAAAUACGUUGAGCUGAUUAUUCUAUACCAAACAAAGGGUCAGCAUAAGCGAGCAUUGCAACUGCUCCAAGCUCAAGCCGAAACUCCAGGCUCCCCAUUGCAUGGCCACGAUCGGACCAUUCAAUAUUUGCAGCAUUUGGGAAAUGAACAUAAGCACUUAAUUUUUGAAUUUGCCGGUUGGGUUCUACUGAAACAUCCCGAUGAUGGACUGAAAAUUUUCAUUGAAGACAUACCGGAGGUGGAAAAUCUGCCCAGGGCUGAGGUGUUGGAUUUUCUGCUUAAGGACCACAAACAGCUAGUAGUUCAAUAUCUGGAGCAUAUCAUCAAUGUUUGGGAUGAGCAAAAGGCAUUGUUUCACAACAUUCUAAUUCAGCAGUACCGCGAAAAGUUGAUGGCACUGAAGAAUGAUUCCGAUACGGAUUCUGAUGUCCAGAAGAAAACAGCAUUGGAUACGAUCAACAACAAAAUGUUGAGCUUUUUAAGGAAAUCCAAAUACUAUCAUGCUGAGAAGGUUCUCGGAGAGUUUCCCUACACGGACCUUUUUGAAGCGCGUGCCAUCAUACUCGGACGCUUGGGAAAACACGAAAAGGUGGUCGCCAUAUUUGUCCAGAUCCUAGGUGAUUUCGACAAAGCCGUCGAGUAUUGCAACCAAACGUACGAUGAGAACGAUCCGAAGAGCUGUGAUGUCUAUGUGACGCUUAUAAAGACGAUACUCACUCCACCGGUGGCACCACCCUACAGUGAUUUGGAAUUACAUCCACGAUGUCUGAAGCCGGACGUGGAAACCGUACUGACCAUCAUGGAAGCAAAUGCCAAAAAGAUUAACCCGUACACGAUUUUACCGAUCCUGCCGGAUGACACUCCAUUGUGUCGUAUAAAAAACUUCCUCGAAAUCGCGCUAAACCAUCAUCUGGAACGUAAGCGAAAGACGCAGAUAUUGAAGGGUUUGUACUACGCCGAGCAUCUGCAAACUCACGAACAGCGAAUACAUUACGAGUCAAAGCACUUUCUCGUGACUGAAUUGAGCGUGUGUCCGGUGUGUAAGAAGAAAUUUAGCUACCAGAGCGCCUUUGUGCGUACCGUCGAUGGAAGUAUAGUACAUUUUUCCUGUCAGGAUAAAAUUGGAGCGGUAUAAUACACAAGUUGUAGAGUGAUCGGGGUUUGUUGCUUGAAAUAAAGUUAAACUAUGUACGUA